AUGCUCCUGUGCAAGCCAAGCACCCACCUCCCUUUCCGAGCCAUCGACUCGGGACGUCCCAGCAGCGUCGGUGGUUUUGGCAUCCAAAUCACCAAGUCCACCUUCGUCCGCGCUUUCUUCACCAGCGGGUUCAGUGAGACGCUCGACCGACUCCCCGUGCACAUCCGCCUGUCUACCCAUGCUGAGACAGACUACCAUCCUUACCAGUGUGUUUCCCGUUUUCUUCCUUUCUUCCCAACCCAUCCAUUCCACCGCAGAGGAGCCGCUGAUGAUGGGGCUGCUGCUGCAUUUGAUCUUCCCGGGGAGCCGCUAAUGAUGGAGCUGCUGCAGUUCAUCUACCAGGGCACGCUGCCCCCCGAUACAGUCACAUCCUUUGAGCGCACACUGCAGCUGCUCCUGCUGGCAGACCGCUUUGGAGUGGACGAGGGCAUCGCCACCUGCUCCUCCCUCCUCACCUCCCUCACCUCCCUCACCUCCCUCCCUCCCCACCCCUCCUCCUCCUCCUCUGUCCCCUCUCUCCCUGCCUCUGCCUCUGCUUCCUCCACUGCUCCACCGUCCGUCCCACCCAACAGCACCAUUUCUGCUGCCACAGCAACCCUAUCUCAGCCAACAAACCCUCCAACCCCAUACAUCGCCACCACCUCUACCACCACCACCUCCUCUUCCUCUUCUUCCUCCUCCUCUUCCUCCGCCGCCCACACUCCCUCCUCCCUCACCACUCAGCAGGCGCUACUCGCACUCUCUCUCCCGCCAUCUCUCCGCCUCAACCCACUGCUCACGCCCCUCAUCCAUGCCUCCCAGGCUUGCGUUGUGCACCGCUAUGGACCGCUCUUCAACUCCUUCCACCCCAGCACCCUUCUUUGCAACACCCUUCAUCCCAACUCCCUUCAUACCUCCUCCCUGCAGUCCAACGCCCUUCACCACCAAAACCACCUUCACCACAUCACCCUUCACUCCACCAACCCCCACCCAAACCAACCCGCCUCUGCAAACGAGCUGCUCACUCUCCCUGAGGCUGGCAUAAGAGCCCUCCUAGAGUCCGACGAACUACCCGUGGAUUCCGAAGAGUCUGUCUUUUGCGCCCUCAUCCUUUGGGCCCGGCACAGAUUCCCGGGCGGCGAACUGGAUUCUCGAGAAGAACAGAAUCCAGCUGGCGAAGCGGGUCCGGGCGGCGAAGUGGGGUUCUGUAGGCAGCACGCGCGCGCAGGGGCAGGGGUGGCGGAGAGGAGGGCGGCAGUGGGGAGGCUGGUGAGGGAGGUGCGGUGGGCGUGGGUGGGGGCUGGUUUUGUGCGGUCGGUGGUGGUAGGGUUGGAGGAGAUGCAGAGUGAGGAGGCGAGGGCGGUAGUACUGGAAGGGCUAUUUGCUGCUGCUCAAAGGGGGGAUGCUUAUAGGGGGGAUACGAGCUCUGGUGUGAGUGCUCAGCACUCGUGGUUAAUAUCACCACCACCGUCAUUGUUCCUUCCGCUUGGCAGUUCACUUCCUCUUCUUUCUCUUCUUCCUCCUCUUCCUCCUCUUCUUUCUCUUCUUCCUCCUCUUCCUCCUCUUCUUUCUCUUCUUCCUCCUCUUCCUCCUCUUCUUCCUCCUCCUGUUGGCUUAUCUUCUGGCGCCACUUACACCACACCUCCUGCUUUCGCUAGCACAACAAACUCCACCAUUCCCUCUUCCUCCUCCGCUUCCUCCUCGCCCUAUGCUUCCUCCUUCCACACACAUUCCUCCCUUUCCACCUCCACUUCCCACCAACACUCACAAUCUUCACUCAUCCUUCCUCCUUCACCCAACCCCUACUAUUGGUCGUCCCCUUCACUCAACCCCCCCUCUUACUCUCCUUCCCCCGCCUCCAAUUCCUGGUCUCGCCCCCGCAACUCCUACCGCCCGCCACGCAAGUCCCUCUUCCUAGAAAUCCCCUUCAGCCAGUGCCAGGGCUGGACCCCAUCCUCGGCCGUCGCCGUCGCAACCGGCAAUGCUGCCGCCAGGCCGACAACUGGUUUCACCGCAGCUUGGCUAGACAGCAAUGCGCCUGCACAUUCAAGAGGGUCGGCGACGGAUGCCUUGCCAGCCGCUACUGCUCCCACCGGUGUUGCAAACUUCAAGAGGCCCGCCGUGCUGGCUCUGGAGGAGCGCGAGAGGCGCGCUCGCCUGGGAGGCGGGCAGCAGAAGAUCGACAAGCAGCACAAGGGCGGCAAGCUGACAGCGCGGGAGAGGAUCCAAGUGCUCGUGGACCCCGGGUCGUUUGAGGAGCUCGACAUGUUGGUGCAACACCGCUGCCAUGACUUUGGCAUGGACAAGACUCACAUCCCUGGCGACGGUGUUGUUACUGGCAGUGCCACCAUCAACGGCAGGCUGGUGUUCCUGUUCAGCCAGGACUUCACAGUGUUCGGUGGCAGUCUGUCAGAGACGCAUGCUGCUAAGAUCAUCAAGGUCAUGGAGAAAGCCAUGAAGGCUGGUGCGCCUGUGAUCGGUCUGAACGAUUCAGGAGGGGCUCGUAUUCAGGAGGGGGUGCACUCCCUUAGCGGCUAUGCCAAGGUCUUCCAGCUUAACGUGCUGGCAUCUGGAGUCAUCCCACAGAUCUCGCUUAUCAUGGGACCAUGCGCAGGUGGUGCUGUGUACUCGCCUGGCCUCACCGACUUUGUCAUCAUGAUGAAGGGCACAUCGCACAUGUUCGUGACUGGCCCUGAUGUCGUGCGGCAAGUGACAUACGAGGAGGUCACCCAGGAGCAACUGGGAGGGGCGGAGGCGCACACCAAGUCGGGCGUGGUUCACAUGGCGUUUGACAACGAGAUGGACGCCCUCGCACGGGUGCGAGACCUGUUUGACUUCCUUCCUCUCAACUACAAGGAGCAGCCGCCCCGCCGCAUCAACUUUGACCCGCCCAACCGUGAAGUGCCGGCACUGGAGUUUGCAGUCCCCCGCGACCCCAACAUGGCUUAUGAUAUGAUGGGCAUCAUUGAGAAGGUGGUGGACGCGGGCCAGUUUUACGAGCUUCAGCCGGAGUUUGGCAAGAACAUGAUUGUUGGCUUUGCUCGCAUGGACGGAGGCUCAGUGGGAGUGGUGGCGAACCAGCCCAUGGAGCAGGCAGGGUGUAUCGACAUUGAUGCCUCUGUUAAGGCGGCUCGCUUUGUGCGCUUCUGUGACUGCUUCAACAUCCCCCUCGUUACCUUCGUGGACGUGCCUGGGUUCAUGCCAGGAACGAAGCAGGAGCAUGGGGGCAUCAUCCGGCACGGAGGCAAGCUGCUGUACGCAUAUGCAGAGGCCACGGUGCCCAAAGUGACUGUCAUCACCCGCAAGGCGUACGGUGGAGCAUACGAUGUCAUGAGCUCCAAGCAUCUGCGGGGUGAUGCCAACUUCGCCUGGCCCUCUGCUGAGAUCGCUGUCAUGGGCGCCAAGGGCGCGGCAGGCAUUCUGUUCCGCGGGCAGAAGGACAGGGAGGCCCAGAUGGCUGAGUACGUGGAGAAUUUUGCCAAUCCAUAUGCAGCUGCGAGUGCUGGCUUCGUGGACGCCGUAAUCAUGCCCCAGGACACGCGGAAGAUGCUGUGCCGCGAGCUGGACCGCCUCCGAACCAAGGAGCUCAAGAACCCUCCCAAGAAGCACGACAACCUUCCCCUUUAA